CUCUUCUCUCCUCUUGUCUCCCAUCCCCAGAGGAUUCUGCGUUUUAUGAAUCCAACGGCAACAUGGGUGUCACCAACAUGAUGUCCCGCUUCAAGCCUCAGGCGGACCACUCCGAGUCCUCCACCGAGGCUCCUACUCCUGAUCGUUCCAACUCUGCUGUCGAGAAGGAUACCGUCAUGCUCGAUGACAGCCCUGUCAAGUAUCUGACCUGGCGGUCCUUCAUCCUGGGUCUCUGUGUGUCCAUGGGUGGUUUCAUCUUCGGUUACUCUACUGGUCAAAUCUCUGGUUUCGAGACUAUGGAAGACUUCCUUCGUCGUUUCGGUGAAGAACAGGCGGAUGGAACCUAUGCGUUUAGCAACGUCCGCAGUGGUUUGAUUGUCGGUCUGCUCUGUAUCGGUACUAUGAUCGGUGCCCUGGUGGCUGCUCCUAUUGCAGACCGCAUGGGCCGCAAGCUCUCCAUGUGUCUGUGGUCCAUCGUCCACAUUGUCGGAAUCAUCAUUCAGAUCGCUACCCAAAGCAGCUGGGUUCAGGUGGCCAUGGGCCGUUGGGUUGCCGGUUUGGGUGUUGGUGCUCUGUCCAGCAUCGUCCCCAUGUACCAGAGUGAAUCGGCUCCCCGUCAGGUCCGUGGUGCCAUGGUCAGUGCCUUCCAGCUGUUCGUCGCCUUCGGUAUCUUCAUCUCCUACAUCAUCAACUUUGGUACGGAGAGAAUCCAGUCGACCGCCUCUUGGCGUAUCACCAUGGGCAUUGGUUUCGCCUGGCCCUUGAUCCUCGCGGUCGGUUCCCUCUUCUUGCCCGAGUCUCCCCGUUUCGCCUACCGUCAAGGUCGUGUCGACGAGGCCCGGGAAGUCAUGUGCAAGCUGUAUGGUGUCGGCCCCAACCACCGCUGCAUUCACCAGGAAAUGAAGGAGAUGAAGGAUAAGCUGGAUGAGGAGAAGGCCGCUGGUCAGGCGUCCUGGCAUGAGCUUUUCACUGGCCCUCGCAUGCUCUACCGUACCCUGCUCGGUAUUGCUCUGCAGUCCCUGCAGCAGCUGACGGGUGCCAACUUCCUCUUCUACUACGGUAACACUAUCUUCACCUCCACCGGUCUCAGCAACAGCUACGUCACUCAGAUCAUUCUGGGUGCUGUCAACUUCGGUAUGACCCUACCUGGUCUGUACGUCGUCGAGCACUUCGGUCGUCGUCAGUCUCUGAUGGUCGGUGCCGCGUGGAUGUUCAUCUGUUUCAUGAUCUGGGCUUCCAUUGGUCAAUUCGCCCUGGAUCUCAACGACCCCCAGUCCACCCCCGCGGCGGGCAAGGCCAUGAUCGUCUUCACCUGCUUCUUCAUCGUCGGCUUCGCCACCACCUGGGGUCCCAUCGUGUGGGCCAUCUGUGGUGAGAUGUACCCCGCUCGCUACCGUGCUCUCUGCAUUGGUAUUGCCACCGCUGCCAACUGGACCUGGAACUUCCUCAUCUCCUUCUUCACCCCCUUCAUCAACAGCUCCAUCCACUUCGCCUACGGUUACGUCUUUGCCGCCUGCUGCUUCCUGGCCAUCUUCGUGGUGUUCUUCUUCGUCAACGAGACCCAGGGUCGCACUCUCGAGGAGGUCGACACCAUGUACGUGCUGCACGUCAAGCCCUGGAAGAGUGCCGGCUGGGUUCCCCCGGAGGGCAUUGUCCAGGACAUGCACCGUCCCCCUUCCUCAUCCAAGCAUGAGAACCAGACGGAGAUGGCUGAGCACACCGAGCCGACCGAGCUCCGCGAGUAAGCCUUUGCUUCUUGCUUCUGUACAUUGACUCGCAUCUAAAUCGUUUUUUUUUUUUUUUUU